GGAGCCAGGGGUGGGCGGAGCCUAGGGGAGGGACUAGGGAGAGCCCGGACCCAGGGGUGCAGGGAAAUGCGAGGCUCCCAGAGUCAGAGAUGUCCCCAUCUGCCGCCCACCCUCUGGCCCAGGCUGCUGCUCGGGUCUAAGGAUGGGAGGAGGGGAGGAUCAGGUGACCUCGACCCUCUCCUGAGUGACACCCGCCCUGGGACCGCAGGUGUCAUCUGAGAACGUCCCAGCCCCAGGUCCUGCCUGUGAGAGCAGAGACUCUACCACCCCCUCAUAAUCCAGCCACGUUGCACACCGGGCACAGGUCCUGUCAAGUACAAAGUGCCCGGUCGGCAUGCCAAGGACGCGCCACACUUGGAGGAAGCCAGUGACUCUGCGGAGGCCAGUUCUUGUACUUAUCCAAGCCAAUCGCCUUCCUAAAAAUACCGAGGCCUGAACCAGACGGGGCAGGAGUGCAGGAGCAGGUCUGCCAGACCGAAGCACAGGGUCAGCCCUCUGCCGGGGGAGGCGGGGGGCGGGGCAGACAGCCCCAGCCACGCCCACGACGACACACAAGCAGCCCCUGGGGGUCAGGUGGCCGAGGCCUGGGGGACACAGGCCUGCCCCUUGUCCGCACGGCCGGUGCUCAGCCCACCCUUGUUGAAAGCAGAAUGGCACAGAAAGUUCUGGCGGACUUAGGCUCCUGGGCAGUUACUGCUUCGAGAAGAAAGGCCCUGCUGGGAGGAGGGCAGGGUGCCAUCAGCAGUCCUUGUGGGGCAGACCGGUCCUGGCUACCCUGGGGCUGGGGUCAGGCGACGGGUGACCAGGCCCUGCCCUUGGAAGCAGCCGGCAGGCCGCCACCCGCCUCGUCCUGCUGCAAAGCACAGUGAGGUCCCAGGGGCCGGUCUUGGGGGCCGAGGGUCUCCUGAAGGUCAGGCUCACCUCUCUCAACCCCUGAAGGGAAUGUCCAGGAGGGUGAGCACGGAUGACAGCCGUUCUCGGAAGAACCGCGUAAGGCUCCGCCAGCGCCUGCUGCCCCAGCCCUGCCGGCAUCCGGCCCAACCCAGGGCCAGGAACGAGGCAACAGAACGCCAACCCCGAGGCCCCCGCUCUGCCGAGCCACACCCAAGUCAGCGGGCGGCUGGGGCCUCUGUGCCCUGUGUCACCAGGAUCCUGGGCGCGGGAAAACCCUUGGAAGUCCAGGAGGAAGGAGCCAGACCCGGCCAUGGUAAGCGGGGGCGACUCGGGGAGCCUCCUCUUGUCAACCGGCAGCUGGCUCCCACAGCCACCCCCCACCCCCAGGAGACCUGGCAGGUGGAAGCAGGGACUGUGGCCCGCGGACCCCAGACCACCUCCUGUACCCCUGCACUCACCUCAGCCCACAGGCCACAGAGCCUGCCAGCCCCCCGCCGCCUCCCGGGACCUGAAAGAGAAAGGGGCUCCGGACAGCCAGGGGAGCCCCGAAGCCCUCCGCUUGGCGACUUGCUGCCUGAGUCAUUCUGUAGCCUUGCUCACUGCCAGCACCCAGCACCCAUGCACAAACCUCCAAGACCACCCGACCUCCUGGCCUGCAGGUACCACGCACCCCGCGUUUCCCUCUACAUGCUUCCCGGGGCAACAAGAGACAGGAAACUCUGCCUAGAACCUGGGUGCCCCUUCUGCAGGACGAUCUCUGCCCUUUCAGAGUCUAGCCCUCAGGAGCAGGCUCCGAGAACCCGCAUUUCAGGCCACCUCUGGAUGGAGGGUGGGGGCCGGGGUACUGGGGACGGAGCAGAGGCUGGGCUGAGAGGAGACAGCAGGGGAGUGGAGAUUGGGGAGCCGGGCGGGGGCCGGGGGCUCCUCCCGAAGGACGCAGGGCAGGUGGCGCACUCUGUGCGAGGAACCGGCCCGAGCCGCCUCUACAUCAGAGCCGGACGGACGUGGUCCAUACAGCAGAGCCAGACCAACCCGGCCCCUACAGCAAGCCCGGCCCGACCCGGUCUCCACAGCAGAGCCGGCCCAAUCCGCCUCUACAGCAGGCCCCGGGGCAGUCCCGAGGCUUCGGCUCUGGACCCAGCUAGUCGCAGCGGAGGCGACAGCCAUCGACCAGGUCCAGGCCAGGGCGCAGGAAGGGGCGCCUCUCGCUCCCUGGCACGCUCACCUACCCCGCCCCCGCCGGCCCACUCCGCCCACCUCCCUGAGGUUGCCCAGUCCCAGCCCCCUUUGUUGCCCUUUCCCAGGGUUGCAGCUGCACGGGGUCGGAGGUCUUUGGUGCCCCUCUCCCGGGGUCACACGGGCCCAGGCCCACCGAGGGGCCCAGUGGAAAGGUUCCGCCUGACCUCGGCUGCAACAUGCAACAGUGCAGACCAUCGCAGAGAGACUGCUGUGUGCGAAAUGGAGAGCGGUGAGAAGCUGCUGUGA